UCUCAUAUGUAGAUUUUCUCACAUGGUGUGCUCCAUUCCUACAUCUCUAUUAUAUAUAUUUUCUAAUCACUAUAAACUAUGUAAAAUCCCACCUGCUAUCUAAUCUCUGCCAAAAACUAACCUUCUUUCAGUUGACUCUGUGUUUCCCUGGUUCUUGAUCAUUUAGGAGAUUAAUAUCCUGUGUGCAGUGGUUGAAUAGUUUAACUGAUUACACAAAGUUAAGUUCCCUGAAACUAUGAGUAAUGCUCCAACAAAAUCUACUUCAAAUGGCUUUGAGAAUUGUUUGAGACUGGAAGAAGAACAGAACAAGCAGAUUGAUGAGAUGAGAAAGUUGAUUGGGCUGCUUUCAGGUAAGUUGGCCCUUUAUUGUUCUGAUGCAUCCAUUUCAAGAUAUUUAGCGGCUCGAAGCUGGAAUGUAAAGAAGGCAGUUAAGAUGCUUAAAGCAACCCUGAAGUGGAGAUUGGAUUACAAGCCUGAAGAAAUUCACUGGGAUGAUGUGGCUAGUGAAGCAGAAACAGGCAAAAUUUAUAGGUCAAACUAUACAGACAAGCAUGGGAGGCCAGUGCUUGUCAUGAGACCUCGAUGCCAAAACACCAAGUCUAUUAAAGGACAAAUCAAGUAUUUAGUGUAUUGUAUGGAAAACGCUGUUGUAAAUCUCCCAGAAGACCAGGAACAGAUGGUCUGGUUGAUUGAUUUUCAUGGAUUCAAUCUGUCAAAUAUCUCAAUCAAGGUGACAAAAGAAACAGCUCAUGUUUUGCAAGACCAUUAUCCUGAAAGGCUGGGGAUAGCUAUUUUAUAUGAUGCACCCAAAAUAUUCGAACCAUUUUGGAAGGUAGCAAAGCCUUUUUUGGAUCCAAAGACUGCCAGCAAAGUCAAAUUUGUGUACUCAGAUGACCCCAACAGCCAAAAAACGAUGGAAGAACUGUUUGACAUGAGUCUGAUAGAGUCUGCAUUUGGCGGAGAUGAUAAGGCCGAUUUUGACAUCAAUAAAUAUGCUGAGAGGAUGAGAGAAGAUGAUAAAAAGUUGUCUUCUUUCUGGAAGAAAGACGAUAAUUCUGCAUCAACUGCACAACCAACUGUGAUAGCUGACCCCUCUUUAGAGCCAACUAAUUCAGAUUCUGAAUCUGAUGCCUUAGAUGAGAAAGCAGAGAAACAUUCUUCUUUGGAUGUUGAUGAAGAGGAAUCACCAAUUGAAGAAACUUUGCCUGGGACUGACGGUACAAAUGAGAAUGCUGACAGAUUAAAGCAGUGUAACUGAGAGCAAUCUCUUCAAGUUCGUAUUUUUCACUCUUUUUAAUUGCUCCAAUUUUUGCUGACUAAAUGCUCACAACAUGGGCAAAUCUGAAGUUAUCAACAUAAAACAUUUAAUCUAGGUGAUGUACUGAAUCAUAUGUUAUACAAUGAAUGUUCUGCCUCUUUAUACUAGUAGUUCUUUUGUUUGUUUUGCA